AUGGGUCUCGUGGAGAAGUUCCUUCCCAAGGAUGACCGCUAUGCGGCAAUGUUGCUCUAUGGCAUGGUGUUUUCUACCUGCUUUAAUGGAUACGAUGCUGGAAUUAUGACGGUGAUUCUAGCAGACAAACAAUUUAUCACAUACUAUGGAAUUAAUGCUACCAGGUCCGGCCUGGUUGCUACGAUCCCCUGGGCUAUGACUGGUGUGGCCCAGCUUUGGCUGGGAGGAUCUCUAGCUGGCUGGCUAGGUCGCCUUUGGGCGUUACGUAUCUCGAUCUGUAUUAUGAUCAUCGGAGUUGUGGUUGAGGUUGUUCCAAACAACUUUGGUGUCUUGAUUUUAGGUCGACUCUUGACUGGUCUAGGCUUUGGCUGUGUCUACAUCGCCACGAAUCUAUACGUCGCCGAAUGUGCUCCAACAAAGCUGAGAGGUAGUUUCGUGGGCACUGUAUCCCAGUUUGGCUACCAACUGGGUACUCUCAUUGCCUUCUGGGCUGGCUAUGGGAUGUCCUUCCACAAGUCUCCUUACAACAUUGCUUGGAGAGUGUCAAAUAUUGUUCAGAUUCCGAUCGGCCUGGCCUUCAUUGCUGUCUCGUUUUGGUAUCCCGAGAGCCCCCGUUUUUUGCUGGAAAAGUACCCAGAGACACCUGAACGAUCUUUACAGAUGUUGAGCCGACUUAGGUCUGGGGCACCGACUGAUGAACGGAUUCGUACUGAGUUCCACGAGUUAGUGGCAUCGUACGAGUUCCGUCGACGGUAUGAUCCUGGCUAUAUUGGUCUUUUCAAGGAUAAGAGUAUGCGCAAACGCCUUGCAUAUGGAUUCUAUGCAGCAGGUCUUCAGCAGUGUGGUGGUAUUGCUGCGCUUACAAUGUACGCCACCCUCAUCUAUCAGAGUCUCGGAUGGGACGCUGGCUCGCAAGCAUUGUCAAUCAACGGCAUUCAGUCUGUCCUCCAGUUACUCAUUGUGUUGGUCAACACUUUCACCGUGGAAAAGUUUGGUCGACGGGGCUUACUAAUGGCUGGAUUCGGUAUUCAGUCACUGGCACUAUUGAUCAUGUCUUGCCUCACCACGGCCUUCCCUUCCAAUAGAAACAAGGCGGCUGCUGUUGUUGAGGUUGCUAUGCUCUUCAUUGUGGGACUGACAUAUUGCUGGUCUAAUGGUCCCAUCGCGGCCGCGGUAGUCUCAGAGAUAUUCCCCCAGCAUGUUCGAGACAAGGGCUUUGGUCUUUCGAUGCUUGGCCAAACUUGCUGGCUCAUCUUGCUAACCCAAUCUUGGCCUUUGUUUAAUGACAAAGUUGGAGGCCAUAGCUACUGGCUAUUGUUUGGACUGAAUGUAAUGGCUGGAAUCUCAGUUUAUCUCAUUCUCCCUGAAACAAAGGGUAUCUCACUGGAGCGGAUGGAGAAAAUAUUCGGUGGCUUGGAUCAUGUCGAGGCAGGCGAGUGUGAAGGUGGCUCCGAGAAACGAGAGGCGAUGGCCAAUGUUGAUGAAGGAGAAAAGACCCCAACAGCCCAUGUGGAAGAUGCACCUAGGCAGGGCUCGUCGGGUCAAGAAAGAUCGAUAGUCUGA